AUGCAGCCCGAACCGGAGCCUGCUAUUGAGUGCGCAGACGAGCCUGAGCCUGUGCCAGAAGAACCCCCCGCGCCGGAACCUGAGCCCACGAGCGCCGUACAUAGUGAUCCCGAAUUGCCGUAUAAGGAGCGAAGCGUCUGGACUCGACAUUUGCGUGAUGCAUUUAUGGGCGGGUCUUUUAUUCCAGGCCCCCAGACCAAGGACUUGAACCUUGCGUUCACACCACCUCAUAAUACUGGAUCCUGGGAAGACUUCACCCCGGUCUUUGUCGAACAAGCUCGGCUGUACGUAUUGGCCGACAAAUAUGGAAUAGAACCUCUGUGUCAACUCGUUCUCUCCAAAUUGCAUCAGACGCUGAAAGACUUCAAGCUCUAUCCGACGGGAGUGGCUGGAGUUUUGGAAUUUGUUCGAUUCGUGUACUCGAACACGCCACCAAAUUAUGCCAAUAGGGUUGAUGCCAUGAGGAGCUUGGCCACUCGUUAUGUUGUCUCUGUCUUAGGACAGAUCGGCGAGACCGAAGAGUUUCAGGAGCUCCUGGAAGAAGGAGGCGCCUUUGUCACUGAUUUCUGGCACAUCAUCUGGAGUGCGAAUGCCACUCUCCGCCAGUGA